ACACUAGACUUCAGCGAUUCGGCUCCAUAAGCCGUAGCUGUAACAACUAUUCUUCAACCUCUCUAAAACCCCAUUUCCUUCCUCCGGCAACUCUUCUCUUCCAUUGCUCUCUCCCCCUUCCAUUCCCUUUACUUUCUCCCUUGCAGGCGCUUUCUGUUGCUACCUCCGCUGACUCUUAGCCUGCUCAAGAAACGUUCAUGCAUAUAUGCUCAUAAAGGUAGUAUAGUUUGAUAAUGGCUUUCAAUGCAAUUUUAAGACGGAAGAGGUUUAUUUCUCAUUAUGAGAACUCGUACAUACGCACAAUUCAAAGUUUACAGUUGACUGGGGAUGCUAGUCAGAAUGCUGGCUCACGUGGUUCUGUUUCCAAAAAUGAUGAUCCCUCUGCUAUUUCUAAUUAUGGUAUAGAAAAUAGAACUGGACCUCUUGCCAAGAAAGGUGAAUUGCUUAAUUUUACAGGAGUUCAGAAGUUUAGGCAAAUAUGCUAUAGCAUUCCAGUACCAGAUCAUGGAGGUUUCAAUGUUUAUACUCCUGGCAGAAUUGGAUUGAUAUCACAAUCCAUCCGCAAUGCUUCCACUUCUGCGGCUAAACAACCUGAUUUGAGCAGUGAUGAAGAGGAUAACAAUGAAUUGGUUGCUAAAAAGAGGAAGGAAGCAUCUCCAGAGGAAUGUGAUCAAGCUGUGGAAGGUCUAAGCACCGCCAAAGCCAAAGCAAAGGCUAGACGAUUGCAAGAGUCUAAAAGCAUAGUUACCAACAGUUUGCAAAAACUAUGGGCAAUCAUCAUCGGGAUAGGUCCAGCUGUAAGGGCCAUUGCUUCAAUGAGCAGAGAGGACUGGGCAAAGAAGCUCGUUCACUGGAAAGAAGAAUUUGUGUCAACCUUACAACAUUACUGGUUGGGUUUCAAACUUUUGUGGGCUGAUGUGAGGAUUAGUUCAAGAUUGCUUCUAAAACUUGCUGGUGGGAAGAAUCUCUCAAGGCGAGAGAGACAACAGCUCACCCGGACCACAGCUGAUAUCUUUCGACUGGUUCCUUUUGCCGUUUUUAUCAUAGUUCCAUUCAUGGAAUUUCUGCUGCCAGUCUUUCUUAAAUUAUUUCCCAACAUGUUACCAUCAACUUUUCAAGACAAGAUGAAAGAACAGGAAGCAUUGAAAAGGAAGCUUAAUGCAAGAAUAGAGUAUGCUAAGUUCCUUCAAGACACAGCCAAGGAAAUGGCGAAAGAAGUUCAGAACUCAAGAAGUGGAGAAAUUAAGAAGACAGCUGAAGAUCUUGAUGAGUUUUUAACCAGGUUGAGGACUGGUGCUCGUGUUUCUAAUGAGGAAAUUUUAGGAUUUGCGAAGCUGUUCAAUGAUGAGCUCACAUUAGAUAAUAUCAGCAGGCCUCGGUUAGUAAAUAUGUGCAAGUACAUGGGCAUCAGCCCGUUUGGAACCGAUGCAUAUUUACGAUAUAUGCUCCGUAAAAGAUUGCGAUGGAUAAAGGAAGAUGAUAAGUUAAUACAAGCAGAAGGUGUGGAGACCCUUUCUGAAUCUGAGCUUCGUGAAGAUUGUCGGGAGAGAGGCAUGCUUGGAUUACUCUCAGUAGAAGAAAUGCGCCAACAGCUUUGUGAUUGGUUGGAUCUGUCACUUAACCAUUCUGUUCCAUCUUCACUGUUGAUCCUUUCAAGAGCGUUCACAGUAUCUGGAAAGUUGAAACCAGAGGAAGCUGUCCUGGCUACAUUGUCUUCCCUGCCAGAUGAGGUUGUGGACACCGUUGGUUUUACUGCUCUGCCAUCUGAAGAUUCCAUAUCAGAAAGGAGGAGAAAGUUAGAAUUCCUUGAGAUGCAGGAAGAAAUGAUCAAGGAGGAGGAAGAGAAAGAAGAAGAGGAACAAGCUAAAUUGAAGGAAUCAAAAUCCAGCCAAGAAGAUAUAGCUUUGAAGGAGAUAGUCAACCCCAUGGCAAGAGAAGCUAUAGAACAAGCUAGAGCAAAAGCUUCAGAAAAACAAGAGCACCUCUGUGAAGUCAGUCGUGCAUUGGCUGUUUUAGCUUCUGCCUCUUCCGUCAGUAGGGAGCGUGAAGAAUUCCUGCAGCUUGUGAAUAAGGAGAUAGAACUCUAUAAUAGCAUGGUGGGAAAAGAAGGCACAGAUGGUGAAAAGGAGGUUAUGGAGGCAUAUAGAGCUGCUCGAGAAGAAAGUGAUCAAUCUACUGAAGCGUCAGAAGGAGAUGAGAUUUCAUCAGCACUUGUUGAAAGAGUUGAUGCUAUGCUUCAAAAACUAGAAAAGGAAAUUGAUGAUGUGGAUGCCAAAAUUGGCGAUCGUUGGCAAUUACUAGACAGGGAUUUUGAUGGUAAAGUAACUCCUGAAGAGGUUGCUGCUGCUGCUAUGUACUUAAAAGAUACAUUAGGAAAGGAAGGCAUCCAAGAGUUAAUCAGCAGUCUUUCCAAAGAUAAAGAUGGUAAAAUUCUGGUAGAAGACAUUGUGAGAUUGGGCAGUCAAGCAGAAGAUGCUAACUCUGAACAUUGAAAAUAUCAACAAUUAUACAAGGUAAAAGAUUCACAUUUUUUUGAUAUAGCAGCUUUCUGAACUCUCGUAUGGGUAGACUAGUUUAAACCAAAAUCCGAGCCAUUUCUCUUUUCGGGAAACAGUUAAAUCUUCAAACUUGAAGCCGAACAUAGGAAAUACUUUUAGGAAUCGUUCCUGUGGUCAUGUAAUCAAUCUAUUGGUUAGCUUCAUAAAUACGUGCAAACUAAAUGAUAGGAAAAAUUUUACAUUGUAUUGGGGAACUCAAAAUUUAGAAACUAUAAGAUGUAAUAUUGUAGUAAUUAAUGCCUUAUCCAUGUUUUGGAGUUGGUGAAUAGAAAUAUUAGCAGAAAAGUUGGUCCCAAGAAGUCCGUAAAUGGUGGCUGCUGUCUUCUUCAGUUUUGUUUCAUAUACAUGGACAGGUUUCUACUUAUUUUAUUUAUUAUUAUUUUUUGCUAAAAUUAGAAAGUAAAA